UUUAUUUUUUAAUUUUUUUAGUAGAAACAGGGUGUAACCAUCUUGGCCAGGCUGGUCUUGAACUCCUGACCUUGUGAUCCACCCACCUCGGCCUCCCAAAGUGCUGGGAUUACAGGCGUGAGCCACCACACCCGGCCCCCGGAGUCGAAUUCUUAAAAACAGAAAGUAGAAUAGUGAUUGCCAUAGGCUGGGGGGUGGGGGGUGGUGGAAGAGGGCAGAUGCUGUUUAAUGGGUGCGGGGGUCCGUUUUGCAAGGUGAAAGGUUCUAGAGAUCUGCUGCAUAACUGGGUACGGCCAUGAACACAACUGCACUUGCACCUGAACGUGGCUGAGGCAGCAUUCUAAUUGUUACAGGGUUUUUCUCUUUUUCUGUUUUCUUUUCUUUUCUUUUUUUUUUGAGAUGGAGUCUCGCUCUGUUGCCCAGGCUGGAGUGCAGUGGCGCAAUCUCGCCUCACUGCAAGGUCUGCCUCCUGGGUUCACGCCAUUCUCCUGUCUCAGCCUCCGGAGAAGCUGGGACUACAGGCGUCUAACACCACGCCUGGCUAAUUUUUUUGUAUUUUUUUUUAGUACAGUCGGGGUUUCACUGUGUUAGCCAGGAUGGUCUCGAUCUCCUGACCUCGUGAUCUGCCCGCCUCAGCCUCCCAACGUGCUGGGAUUACAGGCGUGAGCCACCGUGCCCAGCCUCUUUUUCUGUUUUCUUAUGGAGAAUAGCCCUUCGGUGAUCAGAAGAGACACAAGAAGGAAAAUAAAGAUUGGAUGAGUCUCAGGUCCUAGAGAUACAGGGUAUGUCCAAAGGCCACACAGAGGCUGGUCAGCACGAGGAGAGAGGGUUAGGGGGCGAGGACCUGUUCUGCUGCUUGUACUGGGUCUUGGAUAUGGGUAGAAGCCUAGAUGGAGAGGAGAGGGGUUGAUGGUGGUUGUGGCCAUGUUGCCCCUUCCUACGGGCGGGGCGGGGGGUGUGCCCUCUGCUUUAAGUUGGGCUCCAGGGGUCACAGCUUUGAGUUUCACUCGUAAGCCCAUCAGGAUGUCUGGAACCUUCAGGGCUGCGGCCCAGGAAUGUCAAACGCUGGAAGCCUGGGAACGGAGGAGGCAGAGCCUGCUGUCCACUGGCUGUGAGAGUUGUUGGGGGGGGGACUUGUCCAGGGCCACGAGGCCAGUGCAGUUCUCUGUGUCUCUGUACCCAGCUGGCCUGUACCUGGAGACCCUGAGCCAGAACCCAGGAUGGGCCCUGGCCUGGGUGCUGCGGCUCCCCCCAUUCUAUGCCCCUGGGGGAAGGUGCUCAGUGCGUGAAUUGUUCCCUGCCCCAGCCCAGGGGAAAGCUGAGGCCAGGGAGCAGCCAGGAUGAAGGUCAGGGCCUCCCUUGGCCCCACCAGACCUUGGCCCCACCAGACCCAGGGCCGCUUCCCUCCAGCCUCGGCUCCCGUUUGGCUGGAGGUGCCCUGGGCUGUUGGCCUGCCCUCGUCAGCGUCAAUCUUGCAGUCUCAGCAGCUGGCCUGGGUUUCAGCGGGAGGCAUCCUGUAGCUGCAGGUUUUCUGGCAGGCAGAGGGUUGGGCUGGCGGGGGACACUGAGUGCCCCACCUGCUCAGACUCUUCAUGCCAUCAAGGGGCCAGUCGGGGGGCAGGUGUGAGUGUGACCCUGAGGGCCCUGACCUGCCACUGCAAUCCUCACACUCUUGCCUGGGUGGGGCAGGGAGGAGCUGGACCCUGGCUUUAGGAGUCUGGUGGGUAAUUAGACCCAGACAGGGAGGGCUCAGUGCGGGUCUGAGGAGGGAACACACGUGUGCAGGCGUGUGCUCCACGGUGGCAUGUUGAUACUGACCAGCCUGGGCACCAGGCCCCCUCGGGAGCCAGCUUUGCUGUUCUGAGUGGAAGGGAGAUCAGGUUUCCCUGAGAAACCCCAAAAUAGCCCCCAACUGUGCCUGGCUUCCAGCGGGCAGCCCAGCCCCCAGGCCCUGUUUUGCUCCCUUUCCCCCUUCACCCCCAGCCCAUGUCCUGCUGUCUCCUCCCUGAAUGGUGGACCCUCAGCCCCUCCUGUACAAGGUGGUCAAGCGGUGCCUCAUGCAUUUGUUCAUUCGACCUGUCCUGAGAGUUUGUGACAUGCUGGCACGGGGCCAAUGUUGAGUCCACCAGGAUGGGAGGGUGGCCAGGCUCUGAGCCACUGAGCACCAGCUGGCCAGGAUGGGUCUUCAACAAGAAAUCUCACUGCAGCCCUGGUGCCACCACCCUGCAGAAUCCUGUCAGACAACCACCGACAUGACAGAGUGCCUGUCGGCUGAGCAGAUCAAGGAGUACAAGGGAGUCUUUGAGAUGUUCGACGAAGAGGGCAACGGGGAGGUGAAGACGGGGGAGCUGGAGCGGCUCAUGAGCCUGCUGGGCAUCAACCCCACCAAGAGUGAGCUGGCCUCAAUGGCCAAGGACGUGGACAGAGACAACAAAGGGUUCUUCAACUGCGAUGGUUUCCUGGCACUAAUGGGAGUUUACCAUGAGAAGGCCCAGAACCAGGAGAGCGAGCUGAGGGCGGCAUUCCGUGUCUUCGACAAAGAGGGCAAGGGCUACAUUGACUGGAACACACUCAAGUACGUGCUAAUGAAUGCAGGGGAGCCCCUCAACGAGGUGGAGGCGGAGCAGAUGAUGAAGGAGGCCGACAAGGAUGGGGACGGGACCAUCGACUAUGAGGAGUUUGUGGCCAUGAUGACGGGGGAGUCCUUCAAGCUGAUCCAGUAGGUGCAGCUGCCGUAGCCGGGGGAGGCCUGCCCGGGAAGGCUGCUGCCCCUGCCCCCUGGCCCCCACUCCCCCGGCUCCGUGUAAAAUAAAUGUUCCAGCCCGACCUGUGUGUGCCUCACUGUCCCAGCCUGGGUUUGCCGCAGCCGGGGGAGGCCUGCCCGGGAAGGCUGCUGCCCCUGCCCCCUGGCCCCCACUCCCCCGGCUCCGUGUAAAAUAAAUGUUCC